UUUUGUAUUAAAAUUACAAUUAGAAUUCUACACAGUAAAUAUGCUUUUAUUUAUUUCUCGAUGCUGACUUUGCAGAUUUGUUGUGAAAUUUGCUCAAAUGCUGGCCUGAUCCGUACCCCUAACCGCAAAUUUCAAUAUGAAUGCAUGUGAAUUGCGACCACCAGUGCAAUCAACACAGCAGCAGACUGGAUGCUGUGGUGUGUCGUCGCUACGUCCUGAAUAUGAUUUCCUUAAGCUAAAAAGCCCUGAUUUGUUUGUGGCUGAUUUUCUUGCAGUAUGAGGUGCAGAUUUGUUUGCACUCGAAUUUUCAUACGUUACAAGCCAUUUCUCUGGUUUGAGUCUGACUGAAAGUGUUCCUUUUUUCAUUUCCAACGAAUAAUGGUUUGGUCGUGAGCUAAGUCUUGACCUUUUUCUGAGGUAAUCUGAGCUGCACGGGGAACGAGAGACAAGACGCUAAGCUGAGCCACGCUGACAGGAGGACAGAAAGUGAAAGGGGACACCUAGGGCUAAGCAUCAUGGAAGAUUUCAAAGUUCAGAGCGCUAAGCAUCCCACGCCAAACAGCACACCCCUACGCGCUCGCACCGAGCACUCUAGAGAGCGAUCCAAGCGCCUCUCCACAGAGUCAAACGGGUCGAGUGAAGGGGCAGCCGGGGCGAAGACGCCUGUUGAGCUCACGCCGCUUGAAGAGGCUUUCCGACGCUUCGCCAUCCACGGCGACACUCGAGCCACCGGCAAGGACAUGCACGGCAAGAACUGGUCCAAACUGUGCAAGGACUGUGAGGUCAUAGACGGCAAAAGCAUCACCCUCACAGAUGUGGACAUCGUCUUCACAAAAGUCAAGAACAAGACCGCCCGCACCAUCACAUACAGCCAGUUCAAAGAGGCUCUUUCCGAGUUGGCCAGGAAGCGUUUCAAAGAUAAAACCAGCGAGGAUGCAGCAGAGGAAGUCUUCAAGAUGGUCGAAGGGAAGUCACCAAUUAUAUCUGGAGUCACGAGAGCCGUGGCCUCGCCCACCGUGUCCCGUCUGACCGACACCACCAAGUUCACAGGUUCUCAUAAGGAGCGCUUCGACCAGACAGGUCGCGGGAAAGGCAAAGCGGGCCGCGUUGAUUUGGUCAACACGUCUGGUUACGUCUCUGGCUACAAACACGCAGGCUCAUACCAGAAGAAAGUUCAGGGCAAACCGCAACAAAAAACAAUGUGAGAUUUCCACUCGCUCAUCAACAGACAAGCCAGG